AUGAGUGCCUCUCCUUUGGGCCACCUGGUGACCCCAGAACCCACCACCCCGACGACGAGGACACUUGCGCGCAUGUCCUGCGAGUCUUGUCGCGAACGAAAGCAAAAGUGCGACCGUCAAUUGACAAAAUGCCGCCGCUGUGUCGCUCUCGGCCACGAGUGUCGAUAUCCCGCAUCUCGAAAAUCCCACAAGGGUGGGAGGCGGCGGGUGGCAGAUCUGGAGCUAAAAAUACUGCAGCUCGAGGACCGCAUCAGAACAUCCAGCCAUGACGAAGUGAGCCAUCCUCAGCAAGACCAGCAUGUCCUGGACACGCCCGCAUCGACGCACCGGUCUCCCGUCGAGAAACCAAUCGAGACCCCAAUCUCAGUGCAAUCUGUCCGUGAUGAAAUAGAGCAUGAUACCCCGACUGGAAUCUAUGCGGAUACGUCUUACGAGGACACACCUCAACCAUCGCUCGGCCCAAGCACCAGCAACUUCAGUCCGAAUGAGCUUGUAUCAUCUGAAGUACAAAAGACGCUUACAAUCCUGUAUUUUGAGAAUUGCUACCCCGUCGCCCCUAUGCUGCACCGCUCGCGCCAUCUCGCCGCCUUGGCUCUACCCACCACCCGCCAACCCGCUUCCUGUCUCCAACACAUCAUCAUGGCCCUCGGUGCCGCCACCGACGCCCAAUUCGCCAGCCUCGAGACGCCGCUCUACGAGAGAGCAAGGCACCUCGCUGAGCAAGAUGAGUUCAAGUCAAGCGACACAAUCAGCGUGGCCCAUGCCCAGUGUUGGUUUCUCAUUUCGCAUUUCGAGGCCCAGAGGGUCUUUUUCUCGCGCGCCUUUGUCAGUCUGGGGCGGAGCAUCCGCCACGCGCAGAUGCUCAACCUGCACGGGCUGGAUCGCGACAGCAAGCACGCGCCCAAUCUGUACUCGCAGUGCAAGCCCGCCGAGGACUGGAUCGAGCUGGAGGAGCGGAGGAGGACGUGGUGGAACAUUUACACAUGCGAUCGGCUGACUUCGGCGACGUCGGGGCUGCCAGCGGCCAUAGAUGAUCGAAAGAUGUAUACGCCACUGCCUGCAUCGGAAGAGGCCUUUGAAAGUGGGCAGCAAGAAGAACCGAUAACAUUACAAGAGAUGUUACGAGGACAUGAAGCCAUCAAGUCCAGCCUGGCAGCUCGCGUCCUGGCAGCUCACCUCUAUUACCAGGUCACAGACUCAUCGACGCAACACGUCGAUGCUGGAGCUGCUCCUUCCAGCGACGAGUACUGGACACAGCACCGUGUCGUGGAGAAUGCCUUGAUGUCGCUCAUGGUCCGGCUGCCACCGCAUCUCCAGCUCCCGCAGAGCUCUCACCGUCACGAGGCCGUCUUCACCAACAUCCUCAUCCACACCGCCACCGCCUGCCUGCACAAGACGGCCGUCCAGCGGACCCGCAGCGAUAGCAGCGACUUGGCCUGCGAGUUCCACCGGCGACAGAGCCGCGGCCGCAUGCGGGCCGCCGCCGCGGAGACGCUCGCCGUCUUUCGGCUCGCGGAGCGGCUCCUCGCCGGCGUGCGGAACCCGAUCCAGGACUACGCGGCAUACGUGGCCGCCCUCGUCUUCCUGGAGGAUUUCGCCGUCGAGCAGAGUGCGGACAGCCAGGACGGCCUGGCUUUUCUGCUCCAGGCUCUGCAGACGGACGGCGGGCACGAGGGACACGAGGUGCGUCGCAUGCUAGCGGGUCAGCUGGGUGCUGAGCUGGCGCGGCUUGGGAUCGAGCUGCCAACGCCGAGCGAAGCAAGCCUGUCUGUCUGA